AUGCAUUGUCUGUCUCCCAAGAUGGUUUGUGAGACCAAGAUUGUGGCGGAAGAUCAUGAAUCAAUCCCAGGAUCCAAAAAAGACACGAUCAUUGUUUCUUCCUCCCAAAUGUGGCCCUCUUUGGCGGGCUCCCCUUCCUCCCCGCCGCCUCCCCUCAGCUCCCCAAAAGAGGACCCCAGACGCGAUAAUGUCUAUAUCCGCGAAUUCCACCCCUCCGAGCAGGAGGUGGUGCGCCGCAUAUUUUACGAGGGUAUCAUGGAGCGGAUCCCCAACACGGCGUUCAGGGGGCUGAAGCAGCAGCCCCUCACUCAGCUGCUCUACGGGCUGCUGGCGG